UCUCUCUCUCUCCCUCUCUCUCUCCCAGUCUCUCCCACUUCGCUGGACGAUAUACCCUCACCCGUUCACUCACCCGGCACUCACUGGGCACUCACUCAUCCACUCACCCACUCAACUCGCUCCCCUCACUCCUACUGACAGUCCGCCAAAAACUGAAGUCCAUUCCUUCGAUUCCCGCUAGGGUGGCAUCAUCACUGGCAUUGGCAUUGGCAUUGGCAUUGGCAUUGGCGUCUCUCCAUCCAUCCCAUACCUGACCUUAGUACAUAACGGCUUGGUGACACCGACGCCUAUCGCAUUCCCGGGGCACGUGGCACCGUCUCGCACGACGCGUCUCAUCGGGUCAGAGGUACCGAUUACUAUAUCCUGCGUCGGACCUGCAAUUCCUUCACAUUUCCCCGACACACUUGUCUGUUGCCUGCCGCCGUUUGCACGUGUCAGUCAAUUUGCAGUCAAUAUACACUUUGCUUCUGGUCGGGGCUGAGACCCAACACGAAACAGCCGACACCAUUUAUUACCUGACCUGCCUGCCUGCCUGCCUUAUUCACCCACUUCCGCUGCCGGCUCUCGACCAGCGUUGAUCCCAGCACACUCCCUGCUAUCACAUCACUUGCACUGCAACCCGCACUGUCCUGGAUAUAGUGCCCUGCGGCGUCAUUCUCGCCUGUUGCCUGCCCUGUACCCCCCCGGAAAGGCCUCUCGGGAAACUUUAAGACGAGACACCUCUCGCUGCUGCACCAACACCUCCGGCACCCCAUCGAGAGCCCUCUUGCUCGCAGUAACACACAAUGCCUCCUCCGACUGAAGACAGUAUGAGGUCGAUGGACGAUUUCCUCAUCAAUCCCACCAUUCUGGACCACGACUCCCACCAGCACUUGGGCAUGUCUUUGCCCAACCCCGACUUGAUGCGAACGCAGCAGGACAUGGGCAAGGCCAGGCCUGCUGCCACCAAGUCGGAUUCCGUCACCCUUCCUACCAUCGACGAAUCCGCCUUCCAGCCCUGGCUGACCUACACCUCCGACGAAGAGGUCGUCUCACCGAUGGAUGCCGAUCGCACCAACCAAUCUUCACGCAACGCGAGCUUUUCCAGUGACUACUCCAUGCCGGAUUUGCUGGAAGACGAGGAUGCCCAUCUGGAGAAGCACUGCGGCCAAGCGCAAACAGUGGUGAUUCAGUUGGCAGGGAGAGCGAAAAUGGUCUCCAUGCCCAAGAUUCAAGUUGUCGACGUUCCGAGACGAAGCAUGUGCGUGUCCACGCCCAUGGAGGGGAGACGGCCCUCGAUUGUGAUUCCCCCACGCAGACGCUCCAUCGGUAUGGCAACGAGAGCGCGAUGGAGCCAGGACUCGCACACUUCAUCCAGUAGCCGCCACUCUGCCUCCUCGGCGACUUCCCACUCGCCCACAUCGACAGCUCCCAGCUCACUCUUCGACGACUUUGAGGAUGAGCCCAAAACGAAGCACAAGAGGAACUCCUCCCGACACGUCGACCUCGUGCAAGCCGCACGAACCUUCUCCGAGACGCCUACUUCACCUAUGCAACCUCGACGCUCAUCCACAUGCAGCGAAUACGCUCCCUCUAUUCGAAAGAGGAGCAAGUUUGGCUCUGCGUUCGCCUUGCAUCGGAUUGGUAAGACCUUUGCCCGAAGGGACUCGAUGAUCGCAGACGGCAUGGAAAGCCUGAAGGAGCCGGAACCCAUCCGUACCACACAUGGAGUACCACAACCGAAGCGGUACUCCAGUGGUCGGCCGAAACUCAUUGCCCGAGGUGCCAACGAGCGUGCACCCACGAUUACAUUACCGCCGUUCCAGGAAUAGUAACACGUCCCACGGAACUGAUGGCGGAUGAGCCGGGGGGCACAUGGUUUCCCAUUACGGCAAGCCCACUGAGAUCACUGCUACGAAGUUGUGUUUGUUGUUUUUAUUUUUUUAUUUUUUAUUUUUGCUGCUGACAUGCAUAGCGAUGGGGAGGGGAAUACGCCUCAAAGGCGGGGAGUUGGGGGUGUGGGAGAUUGUUCUUAUGUGAUGCAAGAUACCAUGUCGGGACGACACACGGCGCAUUGUGGAGAUGAGGGUUUUCUGACGAAUAUGCUAUGAUAUGUCCGAGACGAAAAUGACAUGCUACGCUCGCUGACGAAGGACGGGAAAGGAGGGAGAGAGCCUUGGUGGGGAGCACAAGGCAGAGAGGUUUUUAUUGUUUUUUCAAAGAAUGGAAAGAUGAAAUUGCGGUAUUCUGAGUCAGUGCUACAUAUGUAACUACCUACCUACCUACCCACCUUGACCUUUGAGAGGAGAAAGGAAAAAAGGCAGCAAGCAGCAUCUUUACAUGCAUUCAAUAGAAUGAUGAUGAAAUUCCUACC